AUGGGAAUGCGCAAAGACCGCAUAACUUGGAGGCAGGGCCAGAGGGCGGACCAACGACUGAAGGGCGGCCGCACCAGCAGUGUGGGCUGUGCCGUGGCUAGAAGUUACUGUGCGGCGGCUGCUAAGGAGGCGGCUGUGGUGGCGGUGGCGGCGGCUGAGGCGGUGGCUGAGGCGGCGACGGAGGAAACAGAAGAUGAUUUUUUGAAAGGACUGCCUGUCUACAACAAAAGCAAUUUUAGUCGAUUUCAUGCCGACUCCGUGUGCAAAGCCUCGAACCGACGUCCCUCAGUCUACCUGCCCACUCGGGAGUACCCGUCCGAACAGAUUAUUGUGACAGAAAAAACAAACAUUCUUUUGCGCUACUUACAUCAGCAAUGGGACAAAAAGAACGCCGCCAAGAAGAGAGACCAGGAGCAAGUGGACCUCGAGGGUGAGAGCUCGGCGCCGCCCCGCAAGGUCGCACGGACCGACAGCCCGGACAUGCACGAGGACACUUAAGACUCACACUCCCCCACAGGCGCCUCCUGUCUCGUCUGCUCCUCGCCCGCCCGCCCGCCCGCCGUGUGUAAGCGCCCCGCCCCCAGCCCCUCCGCCGGCCCACCCACGCCCCACCGUCCACACCACUUCCAACCUCAUAGGAGCCGAUGUAUUUAUUUUCCUUGAGUUUUUAUUUAUGCUGUAAAAUGUACCAAGCGAUGGUUAAAGGGGACGUCAGACCCAGUAGUGUGAUGUUGGUAGAUGCUUUUAAAAAAAAACAAUUGUUACUCACCUCCCCCCCUCCAGUUCCCCCUCCUCUUGCCCCCCAGUUCUCCUCUGGAAAACUGGAGCGUGUCUGCGAGGGUCUAGAGCCAGGCCCCUGCUGCAGCCGGCCGGCAGGGGUGGGGGCCCUUCUCCCGGCUCCCACUGGCUGGUUCGGGCCUUAAAGACUUGCCUUGUCUCGAGUUCCACCGGGACCUAUUCUGUGCCCAGACCUUGCUCUGAGCAUGCGUAAGGGGGAGAAGUCAGCCCUUCCGGAUCUUUCUCUUAAGUCAUUUUAUCAUGGACUAGUGCGUGCUCCGUGUCCACCCCAAUAAAAGGAUCUUUCCUACCCGA